AUGCAAGUUCGUUGUUUGCAGAUCGAUUCGACUGCGGGUGCGAUGGACGCUCCUUCGGAUGCCGACGAUUCACGCCUUGUAAUCAAUGAUGUAGCGGCAUACAACCGUGUCUUUAAGCCAAAACACGCAAUCGCGCGCAGUCCCAAUCGUCUUCCAUUUGAUGGCGGGAGCACUGGAGUACCUCCCCUCCCACCAUCAUCGCUACAGGCAAAUGUGACUACCAGGUCAAUGCAAAAACUCUAUAUUGCGCCCUCCAGUGAGGGCGAAGACGAAGAAAGCGGUCCUUUCUACCCACCACCGCAACCGCAGUCGGGCAUUCGUAAGCCUUUACCCAUUGGCUUAUUAACCUCUGUUUUGUCAAAUGUGGACACGUGUGGUGCAGUACAGCCAUUCUCCCUUGCUGCCGCUCUUAUCCCAACUGUAAGGGGCGUUCAAUCACAGUUGGAACCAAUGUUAAGCGAUAAAAACUUUGUUUUUCUCAGCAUUUAUUCAUCUCUUCCGUUGGUUCUCAAAGAGUAUCCGGAAAACAAAGUUAGUGCAGAAGUAUUUACUGGUGUGGUUGAAUAA